AUGAGCCGAGAAGAUCUCAGCGAGCCGGAAGAGACGUCGCCAGUGCCUCGCAAGCGCCGCAAAGAACAAGAAGCUGCUGCGCAGCCCGCGGUCACAGCGGUCCACGAGCCGACCCAGGUGCCAGCACGCACCAUACAUGUGCGAGUGCUUUCGAUAUCCGGCGAAACAUUGCUCACUCUUCCACGAGCCGAUCGCUGCUGGACGGUGAUGAGGUUGAAGGAGCUUGUGGAGGCGGCGCUGCGGCGCCCAAGAUGCACGCAACGCCUCCUUCUGCAGCACGAGGACUUGGAGAAGGAUGCGAACCAAGACUUUCGCAGUUUGGCCGGGCUGCUCCCUGAGGGAGCGGCUGAGCUGGACAUUACUUUGCUCAAGCAGGAGGCUCGUCCCAGCGCGCUCUACGAAGAGGCCAAAGCAGGCAGAGGAGGGAGCUGCUUGGCGCUUCUGCAGCUUGCCGACAACCAGAAGCUCAUAAACCAUGUAGAUGCAGCCUCGCAGCAGAGCGUUCUACACAUCGCAGCAGCAAUGAGACUGGGAGCCGCUUGCCUUGGCAUCGCUGCAUGCCCGGAAUUCGAGCACGUCAACCUGAUCGACAGGCGCAGGAACUGGACCGCCCUGCAUUGGGCCGUCUUUUCAAACAUGCCGGAUGUUUGUACGGCAAUCCUAUCUCGGAAAGACUUCCGACAAGGUGGCCAUAGAGACGACAGUGGCGAGACGGCCUUGGAUCGGGCAAUAGAAGCAGGAUAUCGCGAAUGCAUCUUUGCCAUGGUGCCUCUUCUCAGCACAAAGGAUUUGCUGAGUUCACCACUUCCGAUGCCUGUAUUGAUCAAUCCGGAGGAUCGCGGACGCAUCCAUCUGGUUGCUCAUGGGGACAAAGACAUUGCUGAAGCGAUCCAAGAGACCUUGGCAAAGCGAAAGCAGUCAGAAGGCUGGUGA